AUGGCUGCCCCAGCCAGCAUUGGAGUGAUAAUCAAUACUGCGAACGUUUCGAAAGCUGCUGAUAGUGGUACUGAGGUGUCUGGUGCAACGAUCUUCUUGCAGGCGCGUUCCCAAGUGCUGAAGACUCAAGAACUUCUGGAUACUAUACUCCAACACAUUCGCCCUGGGUUCGGAGGUCACGCAGACAUUGCCACCCUUUAUGCAACUAACGUUGGGGAAGAAGCUUUCAGUCAACAUCUAUUAUGGGGUUCCCUUUCUCAACCUAAUCCGGAUGAUCUCCAUGUCUCUACAUGCCUCAAGCGGUGUGUUCAAAACACUGGCUCCAAGCUGUCGUCAAUCGAUAUUCUAGGGGAUAUAUACGUGUCAUGGAAUGCAUUCAUGCCCAUAGCAAAAGUAUCUCAGCCCAUAACGAUCCGGAUCAACAUCGAUGGCCUCAUGAUGACAGAUAAUGACAUAUUAAACUUUUUUAGUAAUCGCAAAUGGCUGAAGCUGCAGCAUCUUGAAAUCAUGGGAUUUGCUACCCGGCCAGACCUCGACACGUUGUCACCAGUUUCCCUGGGCAUUAUUGCAAUGCAUUCUCCUUCCCUUAUGUCAUUGAAGUUAUCGUUCACCAUCAAUACUGAGACAACUGCGCUCCAAAAUUUGAAGACUCAACUGCAUUCAGAUGCUUCCGGAUUAAAGCACUUAGAAAAUGUCAGUGUUGCCGUGUGCAAGCCUCCAGGUGAAGAAUUCGAUCCUGGACCAAAUGCCGUAAAAGGAGCUGCUAUAAUAUCACAAUAUAUGGAUCGAUGCCUGUCGAACGUUCAGCUGAUCGAAUUGAAACAUCCCAACAACGAAGGUAGUCAGUGGCUUGACGGCGUAUACGAAAUGCUCACCAACUACAGGAGCGUGAGAGGUUUAAAAUAG